UUUAUUAUAACAAGGGAUGGCAUUUGAGAAAGCAAUUGGUAUUGAUUUAGGCACUACAUUUUCUUGUGUAGGAGUCUGGCAGAAUGAUCGAGUUGAAAUUAUUGCAAAUGAUCAAGGGAAUCGAACUACACCCUCAUAUGUAGCAUUUUCAGAUACAGAGCGGCUGAUUGGGGAUUCUGCAAAGAAUCAAGUUGCUAUGAAUCCAUCGAACACAGUUUUUGAUGCAAAACGUCUAAUUGGCCGUAAAUUUGGGGAACCAGAGGUUCAGGCGGAUAUGAAGCAUUGGCCGUUUAAAGUAAUUGAUAGAGGUGGAAAACCAUAUAUCCAGGUGGAAUUUAAAGGGGAAUCCAAAACAUUUACCCCGGAAGAAAUUUCAUCAAUGGUCCUUAUAAAGAUGAAAGAGGUAGCAGAAUCAUAUCUUGGAAAAACAAUAACGAAUGCGGUCAUUACUGUUCCUGCUUAUUUUAAUGAUUCUCAACGACAGGCUACAAAGGAUGCUGGUUUGAUUGCUGGAUUGAAUGUUCUUCGGAUUAUCAAUGAGCCUACCGCAGCUGCUAUUGCAUAUGGGUUGGAUAAGAAAACGGAAGGGGAAAGAAACGUACUUAUUUUUGAUCUUGGAGGAGGCACUUUUGAUGUAUCCUUAUUGACAAUUGAAGAGGGCAUUUUUGAAGUCAAAGCAACAGCUGGCGAUACUCAUUUAGGAGGUGAAGAUUUCGAUAAUCGUCUUGUAAAUCACUUUGUUCAGGAAUUUAAACGUAAACAUAAAAAAGAUAUUUCUGGAAAUCCACGUGCGCUUCGACGGCUUAGAACUGCAUGUGAGCGUGCCAAACGAUCUCUUUCUUCAUCAACACAAACAAGUAUUGAAAUUGAUUCUCUAUAUGAGGGUAUUGAUUUAUAUACUUCCAUCACUCGUGCUCGAUUCGAAGAACUUUGUCAAGAUCUUUUCCGAGGAACCAUGGAACCAGUUGAAAAGGUUCUUCGAGACGCUAAAAUUGAUAAGUCAAGUGUUCAUGAAAUUGUUUUAGUUGGUGGUUCUACACGUAUCCCUCGUAUUCAAAAAUUAGUUUCAGAUUUCUUUAAUGGGAAAGAGCCUAACAAAUCAAUCAAUCCUGAUGAAGCAGUUGCUUAUGGUGCUGCUGUUCAAGCAGCUAUUCUUUCUGGAGAUACUUCAGAAAAAACGCAAGAUUUGCUUUUACUUGAUGUGGCUCCUCUUUCAAUGGGUAUCGAAACUGCAGGUGGUGUGAUGACUCCACUUAUAAAACGAAAUACAACUGUUCCCACUAAGAAAUCCGAAGUUUUCUCUACUUAUUCAGACAAUCAACCCGGUGUAUUGAUUCAAGUAUUUGAAGGAGAACGCCCACGUACACGUGAUUGCCAUCUACUUGGUUGCUUCGAUUUGACAGGUAUUCCGCCUGCACCUCGUGGUGUUCCUCAGAUUGAGGUUACCUUCGAUGUGGACGCAAAUUCAAUUCUUAAUGUUUCUGCUGUCGAAAAAGGGACCGGCAAAACGAAUAAGAUUGAAAUUAAAAAUGAAAAAGGACGUUUAACCAAGGAAGAAAUAGAACGCAUGAUUCAGGAAGCAGAGAAAUACAAGGCAGAAGAUGAAGAAGAAGCACAACGUGUUUCUGCUAAAAAUGGAUUGGAAUCUUAUGCCUAUAGUUUGAAAAAUACUUUAUCGGAUAGCAAAGUGGGUGAUAAGAUUGGCGAAGCAGAAAAAACAAAGCUUGAGAAAGCAGUAGCCGAUGUGACUUCAUGGUUAGAAACAAAUCAAACCGCUACUAAAGAUGAAUAUUCUUCUAGACAAAAAGAGCUCGAGGCCAUUGCUGGACCUAUUAUGAUGAAAUUCUAUCAAUCAGGUGAUGGUGUUCCAGGAAUGGGAGGAGCAUAUGGUCAGCCAGGUGGUUUCCCUGGAGCAACUGAUGAUCAUGGGCCAUCUGUAGAGGAAGUAGAUUAAGAAUAAUAACAUCAAUGCUGUGA